AUGCAAGGAGUAGAAGCUGUAAACAGUUUAGGACCUGCUCAGCACGGUUUUAGUCCUUACACCUUUAAUGGAGGGUAAGUGAAAAUGGAGUAAGAUGUUAUUUUUUGUGACAUUGUUGUACAUGAGUCAGCAAAAGAUUCCAACAUGUGCUGUGGCGUAGUCUUAAAAAUUCCUUGUCUAGCCAUAGCUAUACAUUUGUUUUACUGUCGUACAGUUUUUCUAAAACAUUCAAGUCUGUUCCACAGUCUGACUUCUCGUCGAUGUUUCUUGGUGUGCAAGGUAAAUUGGUGGCACUUACUAAUUUCAAGCAUGAUACAACAUGAUUCAAUCGCAACCUUACUCUAAAGAUACGCGUUUAAUCCUGGCUAUUUUAAAUUCCGAUUUUGGUUGAAUUUCAAUUUGUAAAACUGUAGUUGCUCUUUGUAGCGCUUCAUUUACAUGGCAAGGCAAAGUUUUUAUAACACUAGCAGGACAGUCUCACGUACCAGUGAUUCCAUAUUUGGAAGUAAAUUUUGAUUGGUUCUCCAAAAAACCCGAGCAUUGGAACAGAGUCAUAUGCUUAAGGGUUAUAUCCUUCUGAUUUUACUUAAAUGUGUCAUUCCUUAAAACAUCCAUACCUCCCCCAAGGAUGGUCAGUGGAAUUUCCGAGGGGGUGGGGAGCUAAAAAGUGGAAAUUGCCCACGCAUAUUAUGUUGUUAUGGCGAGAAAAAAAUAGACAAAUAAAGUUCAUGAUGAUUUUAAGAUGUUUUCUUUUAACCCAUUUGCUCCUGGAGAUUUUGCCGAAAAACGCGUUUUGAAGCUAGUCAAGUGGUUUUCUGGUCACUGUCGUGCUAUAAAGAGCUUAAACUUACUACAAACCGCUUUACAGGUCAUACACUUCAUGGCCUUCUGAUCCAGAUGCAAAAUAUCAGCUUGCGAAGUUCGGGCAUGCGCAGAAAGCAAAAUUUCGACGUAGUUUUUGGGUUUAAAAGUGACACAGCAGUCUUGACUUUUACUUUUCGCUUUCUCUCCUCCCCUCUUUUUUCGCUUUUCUUGCCUCAUUUUUUUUUUCUCUUGCUGGGCAUUUAGUAGGCUUCAUUUUGGUUUGUGCUCAUUCUGGUAUGGUUUGAAAGAUCUCUUCACUCUACACAAGUUAGCGGGCAAAGUUGUCCUUGACCGUUAAAACUGAUGACGUCACAAAGGGUAGAAAGGACGUGGAUCCGCACGGGCGGUUACGGGCGGUUCAGGGGGGAAUGGGUUAAGGGAACUAGUGUUGUAUGUUAUUCAGUUGUCAUCCAUCAAUGACCAAGUACGACAAGUAUGGUGGAAAAAAAUCGAGGAGAGUAUAAGCUUAAAUUUUCAAGAGACACAUCUUCUACUCUAAUCAUGAAAAUCGAGGCUUGACGAAGAGCCAGAAAUCACAUUGAUUGUAAACAGAAUUUUCGCCAAAUCAACUUUUUUGGCCAAAAAGAGCACUGAAAUUUAUUCUUCAUGUAGUAAAAUUUUGGAGCAGACUUUUCUGUCACAUGCUAGGAUCCAGUUUCACCGACAAAACCAACAAUGCUAAAUGAUAUGCAAAGCAUCAUAGAUGUAAUUAGUUAUCUGUAAUUACACCAAAGAAAAUUUUUCUUGGGAGCCUGAGAAAAUAAAUGUCAAAUUUCAGAAAAUGACAUCUUACACGUGAAGUUUUCAGAAUUUUACCUGUGUUUUCACAAUUCUUGUGAAAUUUGACGAUCAUUUUCUUGGACUCCCAUGAAAAAUUUUCGCUGGUGUUUUUUAUCCACUGAGAGUUAAAAUUACUCAAUUUGCUGAUGGAGUUACCGGUAGUUAAAUUUCUCAGACAGUGAUGACAAAAGUUAAUCUUACAAAAAUCAACAUUGAAAUAGGAGACCGGAGAUUUCUUUUUAAACUUUAAUUGUCUGUAAAUUUGGUUUUUUCCCUUUUCUUUCCUAGCUAGGGUUCAUGCUCACAGUAGUCGAGGAAAAUGCCUUUCCCUCGCCCUUAGUGACACAAGCCCAUUUUCUCCUGGAAAUUUUGUCGAAAAAUGCCUUUUCUGAGUUCGAAAACUGCCCAAAGUACUGUUAAUCAGUCUAGUCCCUCUGGGGGCUUCUGUUCUUGGUGCUAAAUAUCAGCUUCCCAGAUCUGGGGAUGUGCAGAUAAUACAGGUCUGAAACAGUUUUUGAGUUGAUAAGUGACGCCGCCUCCUUGACUUUUACCUUUUGCUUCAGUCUCCUCAUCUCUUCUUUUCUUUUCUUUGCUGGUCAUUUACUAGGCUUCAUUGUGGUUGGAAAAUAUUUUGCAAAGCACAGUUACAAAUCUUACAAUUGUAGGGUUAGAUGGAUGGGAGGGCAGAUGGGUAGUGGAAAAACUAGAUUUUACACAUUUUAUAAUUUAUUAUUAUUAUUAUUAUUAUUAUUAUUAUUAUUAUUAUUAUUAUUAUUAUUAUUAUUAUUAUUAUUAUUUUCAGCAGUUUUACUGUACUUGAUGUAUAUUGAUGUUACCACCUUCAUUUCUUGGUUAUAGGACUAUUCUUGCAAUUGCGGGGGAAGACUUCUCAGUCAUUGCUGCUGAUACGCGAUUAAGCCAGGGAUUCUCCAUUCACACUAGAGACAGUCCAAAGACUUACAAACUGUGAGUAAAACGUUUAAAAAGUUUAUAUGAAUUGCAUGCCCGGUUUAACUGAAAAUAGUACAAUAAUGCUAUUUAUAAAUGAGAAUAGGUCAGAAACUCUUCAGAUCCCACAACUAUAACCCUAAUGGUUCUUCAUCUAUGAUUCCUGAACAAAUUAGAAUUUUAAAAAGUCAGUUUUUGAGGAGAGCAAAUAAUCACAAUACAAGAAUAUCCAUAGAUAAGUCAACAAUUUUGACCCAUUUUGUUUUUCUGGAACUUGAGUGAAUGGAUGAUUGAAUAAUUUUUCUAAACACAGCUAAAUUGUUGAGACUUAAAAAGCUAUUGAAAAUUGCUAAACUACACUUUUGACAACCUAUCGGUAGUAGUCCAGUUUUGAGUUCGCUAUGACCGCUGAAUGAAAGAAGUGAAGACACAUUUGAAUUGAAGCAGAUUUCCAGAUGUAUCCAAUGCGUACAUUUGAUUUCUGGUUGAGGUAAACACUUUUCAAACUGACAAAAGUAGUGUCCAGGUCAAUGUGGUCCCAUGGCUGACUGUGUCCCUUUAAAGGCCAGCUUUGUUGAUUAAAGCUUUGACAUCGGUGUCAUAACUAGUGUUAUAAUGAAUAAACAUAAUGUUUGUGGUUAUGGUAAUGUAUAAUUAAUGAGUUUGAAAAUAAGGAAAAUGAAAUUUAGACCAAGGAUAAAAUUGAGCCACAGUGUGUAUGCUUAUGAAUCAAAAAGAGAAAUAUUAAAAUUUGAUAUUCGGUCAGGCAUCACUUGGGAUCUAAUUCCAGGUAUCCCUUCACUUUUUGAUUGUGUAAUAUUGAUAGCCCUUUAUCAUUUUAUUUAGAACGAACUCCACAGUACUGGGAUGUGCUGGUUUCCAUGGUGAUUGCCUCACUCUUACCAAACUCAUAACAGCAAGACUCCAGGUACUCCUUGCAAACUCUAAGGAUUCUAUGCUUAACGUAAGGUGUUGUAAAAGAACCUAACAUUGAUUUUUGAAGGAAAUUGGUACACAGGUGUAACAAGUCAAGAAGUUGAUAAAAGUGUAAUAAAAAGUGGGAGGAGCCCUGCUUGUUUUCAUGGUACUAUGCUGAGGAAUACAGCUAUUUAGGGGGCUUUGCCAAUAACUUAGCUGCCAAAACUUGACAAAUAGGUCCAAUUUGUACCAUAACUCCUGUGAAAUGGAUGCUUGUCCUUUUGAAAUGCAAUGGAUUUUUAAAAAAGUAUAUUUUUGGUCCCUUAUUUACAGGUCCAUUCAAAAUGACUGGCAAGUGGAACUUUUGUCCUGACAAAUGGUCAUCUUGGCCAGACAUUGUCCAUAAGCCGGCCAUUGUUUUGAGCCCUGCAUUUUAACGAUGUUCUGCAGAAGCUCUUUUCUUCGUGGCCAUUUGAUUUAAUUGGCCAACUUUGAUUGAUGUUAUUAAUUCGCUCUCACUGACUAAUCCAUUUCAUUAGGGGCUCUAAAGUCUUUCAUGCAUGGUCACUUAACAGAGGUUGAAUACGCAGUAAAAAGUGUACUGUUGAUGAAUCUGAAUUGUUACUUCAGGACCGUUAUUUGUGUGAUUACUUGUGACAGCAUGUAACUGCCAAUUCUUGAUGUUUGUGAAUUGUUGAACAGUGUCAUUUAGUUCCAUUUUUAUACAUUCAUUUCAGAUGUAUGAACAUGAACAUGGAAGCAAAAUGAGGUAAGCUGGCAAGCAUAAAAUAAUAAAAUUAAAGAUUACAGGGCUGCCAUGAUCUAGUCUGCAUAGCAGGCAUUUGAAAGUGAUAGAGUGAUUUUUGUAUGACCUUGAAAUGAAAACGCUCGAACAACAGAAACAACAAACGAACAGAAAUAGAGCGAUUUGAUUGGUUUUUUGAACAGAAACAAACAAGCAUGGGUUUUGGCUGGAUAAGCGAACGUUCGGCUGAAAAAACUUCAUGUCGGAAACUCGCUCUAUUCCCUAUAAGGCGCUGUUGUUUUUUGCACCCAUAUUACUGCUACACAGGCUACCCCUGUCACGGAAAAGUCAUAGAUACGAAAAAAAGUUUUUUUCAUGAUCAGGGGAAAGGUUUUGUUUAGAAGUAUGAUAAGGUUUUUAUUCCUGAUGGAUAAAAGGACACUGGAAACACCUCCGAAUUCUAAGUAUUGCUCAUAUUCAAAAGACUUCCUUCAUAACAAUUGGCAGAAUCUUCUUAGAGCUUCUCAAAAGCUGAAGUCACAGGAUGUGACUAGCUGCUGUCUAUCUAAACAUGAGGUGCAAUGUAGGGAGCAUAAUAUAGUGUACAUGUCAGGGACGGCGGAGCGUAUUUUGUAUUGGGGUGGCUAACGAGCAAGUGCUGGAGACACUCACUUGUAGGGGGUUCUAGGGGAAUUCUCCGCCAGAAAAUUUUGAAAUCUUGAAGCUCAGAAAUGCAUUUUUGCUAUUUGCCGCUGAUUGUUUACUAACUGAUUUAUUUACUCAAAUCUGUUUCCCUUCAUGCUUUGCUCCUUUUGUUUUGUUUUCCCUUCUGUUAGUUUUCUUUUUUAUGUUUUAUGGGUUUUUUAAUUAUUUUUAAUUUUUAUUUAUUUUCAAAUUUUUAUUUUUUGCUUGAAAUUGGGCCCAGCGCCCCCCCCCCCCCCCCCCCCCCUCCCCCUUCUCAUCCACAUAUCCCUUUUUUUUUUUUUCUUUUCUGUUUGUUUUUUUUUUUUCCCCUUUUUUUUUUUUUUUUUUUUUUUUUUUUUUUUUUUAAUAAAAUAAAAAAAAAUAUGGUUUUUUUUUUUUGUUUUAUUUUUUUUAUUUUUUUCCUCUCCGCUUUCUUAUUUCACUGUUGUUUUUUUUUUUUUUUUUUUUUUUCUUCUUUUUUUUUUUUUUUUUUUUUUUUUUUUUUUUUUUUUUUUUUUUUUUUUUUUUUUUUUUUUUUUUUUUUUUUUUUUUUUUUUUUUUUUUUUUUUUUUUUUUUUUUUAAUUUUUUUUUUUUUUUUUUAAUUUGGGCCCCCCCCCCCCCCCCCCCCCCCUGGCUCCGCUGUCCAUGCAUGUAUCCCUUUUUGUAUCGUUACGUUGAAGAUCUUGCAUUUUUCCACCUUGUUUGUUUACUUUUGUUCUUUUAUCUUCUGUAUGGCAAAAAUAUAAAGGACAUUGAUUUUGUUUUAUGGUAUUAACUUUACUUUCUCCUCCCUAGCUCUCCAGCUAUUGCCCAGAUGUUGUCUACAGUUUUGUACUACCGUCGAUUUUUCCCCUACUAUACAUACAAUAUCCUGGCUGGAAUAGACAAUGAAGGUAACGUUCUGCUGCAAUACCCAAGCUAUAUAGCUGAUUCAAUUGAUGAAGGUUUCUUUGGGCAUUGGAAAUUGGGCACUAGGAAGCUAUUGUUUGAUGGUUUACUCAGGCAUCACAUUGCAUUGUUCCUUAUGCCCAAAUGGCCAAUUGCCAAUGCCCAAAGCAACCUUUAUUGAAUGAGCUAUCUAUUCAUUUAUUUAAAUGAGACCCUUUGGUAUGAUGCUUAUUGAAAAACACUCAACGGACUAUUGUUUGAUUUUGCUGUCAUUAGGUAAAGGAUGUGUAUACAGCUUUGAUCCAGUAGGAUCAUAUGAAAGAGAGACAUACAGAGCUGGAGGCUCAGCAUCAGCUCUUCUUCAGCCACUCCUUGAUAAUCAGGUAUGGCACUACACUUCUUACAGUGUGGUUUCACACAGACGUACGUGUUACUGACCAAGCGUUAGAUAACAGGGGUGGAUCCAGGAUUUUUCUUAGAGGGGGAGUGUGCACCACAAAGGAAUAGCUGACUGGUGACGUAAACAAAUUUCAAAAGCGAAUAUGAAUAAGAAGGCUUUUGGCUAGGCAAUAACAUAUUGUGAACUGUUGAAAAUACAUUUCAAAUGAUACAGCAGAUUUUUUAUAACUGUGAAGCGGACUGCACAUUGUUAAUACAAUGGUGUAAAAGUGUCGUUUUGGUCUUCAUCUCCCGCGGGGGUGGUGCGCACCCCCUGCACCCUUUUGCUAGCUCUGCCCCUGGCUGGAUAUUGGCCAAGGUCUUUCUUGCCCAUUAAUUUUUGGACCAAGAAUUUGAAUUCAUUAAAAGCAAGAGGCCAAUAUCCAGCCAUCUUGUUCAAACAAUCUUGGUCAAUAAAGGAUGUAUCAUAUGAUCAAAAAGAGAUUGUUUCUUGUGGGGCCAACGCGGGAAAUCCCGAGCCCAUCUUGCCCACCCAGGUAGCCAAUCAGAACACAGGAUUUUACUGCACUUUUCAGCGACAUAGUUUCAGCAGUGAUUUCAAAUGCAUGUAGAACAGCUCUUGCACUAGCUAAGUUCGACCUAGGUUUUCAUUCUGCAGAUCAAGCUCCGUGUGGUUACUCUCUUACUGAAAGCCACUGGGUUCUUUUCUAUGAAGAGUUCAUGUACUUGUAUUCUGAUAGCAGAGAUUUCUUUCCGGUGUGGUGUUUAGCAUUUACGAAGUCAUUCGCGUGGCUGACAUUCACUUAGUUGGCUUGCAAUGUCAGCGAGGCAAAAGGAAAUCAUGCCGAAAAAAAACCAUUGUAAGCAGGGUAAUGUACCUGACUUCCCAAAUUAUCCCAGAAACUGAACUGGCAAGAGAUGGUGUUCACAAAAACAUUAGAAGCAUUGAUUUAAACGAGAAACAAUCGUUUGAAGGGUUUUGUAGCUAUGAAUAAAUUUAUUGUCUUUUAGUAAUGAUCCUGUAAUCUGAGAACAAGUCUGAAAUUGCUUUGUUUUAGAUUGGAUUUAAGAACCAGCAAGGAGUAACGGAAGUGCCGUUAACAAAAGACAAAGCAGUGUUCCUGGUGAAAGAUGUUUUCACCGCUGCUGCCGAGCGUGAUAUUUACACUGGUGAUGCAGUUAUCAUUAGCGUUAUCACAAAGGAUGGCGUGACAGAAGAAGCCUUUCCUCUCAGAAGAGAUUAA